CCUUAAAAAUUUUGAACGCCCAGUUUAAUGAUAAGAAAUGUUAAAUUUUUGAUCGCAAAUUAAUUCUUUGUAUGUUUAAGUGCUCUCUCUUAUCAUUGUUUAUAUUUGCAUAGACUUAACAGUCAAAGGAAAUUGUCCAGUUCUCAGUGAAUUGAACAAAGAAAAUGGCAACUCGUGGUGGUACGGCUCAACGGCCGAAUGGUACACCUCAAGGAAAAAUUUUACAAUUCAAACUUGUGUUGUUGGGUGAAUCAGCUGUUGGUAAAUCUAGUUUGGUAUUACGAUUUGUGAAAGGUCAGUUCCAUGAAUAUCAAGAAAGUACGAUAGGUGCCGCAUUUUUAACACAAACAGUUUGUUUGGAUGAAACUACAGUUAAGUUUGAAAUUUGGGAUACUGCUGGUCAAGAACGGUAUCACAGUUUAGCGCCAAUGUAUUACCGUGGUGCUCAAGCAGCAAUUGUAGUAUAUGAUAUUACAAAUCAAGAUACAUUUGGUCGUGCUAAAACGUGGGUAAAAGAAUUACAACGACAAGCAUCACCAAAUAUAGUAAUUGCAUUAGCUGGAAACAAAGCUGAUUUGAUAAAUAAAAGAAUGGUUGAAUAUGAUGAAGCACAACAGUAUGCUGAAGAAAAUGGUUUACUUUUUAUGGAAACAUCUGCUAAAACUGCAAUGAACGUUAAUGAAAUUUUCCUCGCAAUAGCGAAAAAAUUACCGAAAAACGAUCAAAAUACUACUGCUGGUGGUCCUGGUCAAGGUCGACGACUUGGUGAAGGUACUGAAGGCAGUGGAGCAAGAGUAGCGGGUAACUGCUGCAAGUGAUUCUGUUUAAAUAGUCCACAUAUCACCAACAUUGGCGAUAUAUAUAAAUAUAUUAUCUCAAUAUAAAAUACGUGACAUUCAUAUUAAAAAAAAUAUAUUAAUUUAAUACAGACCAACAACAUGCCCGCACAUACAAUGGUGAUGGUGCAUGCGUGGUGGUUGUUUUAAAAAAAAAAAUAAUUACGCGUGCGCGAUUUCUCA